AUGGCAACGCCUUCUGCUUUCCGGCCUCGUGCAUAUGCCUUCCACCACUGUAUCCCUCUCGUCGCCAACGACAGUCGCAGCGGCAUGGAGGCAAAGCCCUCCCACUGCCAGAGCAUUCCCAUUGCCGCUCGUAUCAUGCAUGUUCUGCCAAGCGCACAAGGCCUAGGCCCGGCGGUCCAUAAAACCGUCACCUUUACCAUGCUUUACCGCACAGGAGGGGCACAAGCAAACGUAUCCAAGCCUGCAUUUGUUCUCCGAAACCGACAACGACGACAAAAUGACACAGCCAGAACCCAACGCUCGGCAAUCAACUUGGAUGUUUUUGGUAUACAUCCUCGUCUUCUGCUUCUUAUCAGCCUAAAUUGGCUGCCGUACGUUGCAUCUACAUGGUCCGAUCAGCUCUUUGAGAAACAAAUAAGCUCCGUUGCGUUCAAGACGAUAGUACUACUGUGUAUCGACGACCUUCAAGAAUCGUUAGUUUUGUUCCUCCAACCGCUCUUCGACAACGUUGCCUUCGAUGUCCUAUCUGGCGAAGAUGAUACCAAAUCCAGACGCCUGAUUAUGAAGGCCGAUUCGUUCACCACCGUCGUCCGGGUGUGCACCAUCAAACUUCCGUCGGUCGCCGUCACGUUGGUUCUGAUCCUCCCGAAAACGAUGGUAUCGAUGUUCGUCUGUAUUCUUGCCCCUGUGAUCUGGUAUUCGGUCUUCCUCCGCGCAGCAAAGACGGUACAGGACGAGAAAUUGGACAGGGAUGACGCGCUCUCGGAAAAGGAGCCCGAGGCGGAAGAGUACCAGGGAAGAUACUUGCGGUCGCUCUCUUGCUUACUCAUCAGGCUCCUCUCUUGGAGUGUGACCCGCAACGGCUGUCUCUUCCUCUUCGCGUUCUUCAGCCCUGGGCUCGACCCCACUCUGAUGACACGAUGUGUCCACCAGGUCGCAGCCCUCGAAACGGUGAUGUUGAAAUUUGUACAGAGCUACCAACGAGCGCGGAACAUCGUCCAAGUCUUGUUCAAGAACAAGCUUCCAAACCAGAGCAAUGUGGCGGCUGUCAUAGACAGGCUGAGGGCCGGGAGCAAUCGAUCUUGUGUGUGUCGUACUGCCGUGGACACUUGUUGCAUUGGGAGGCUAUAUGAUACAGCUCAGAAGAGUUUCAGGGCCGGCCCAUUACUCCCCGUCGCGCACGGGUACUGUCAUAAUAGUCGGACUACGUUGAGUUACAGGGAGGUGGGAACAUGGGUCACUGAGAAGUUACGAUGGAGUUUCGAGACGAUAGGCAGAUGUUCGCAACGUCCGGGCUUAAUUGCCGCCGUCCAGGAAUACAGACCAUUGUUGGCCGCGAACAUGCCUCGGUGCGCCUGCACGGAGGUGUGAAGGUGGCCCGCAACGUCAUGGGUUCUUUGCAUGUCAUUACGUCAAUUUACCGC